AUGAUAACCGAUGGCGGGACUGGGAGUGUGACGGCGGCGAAUGCGAUGAGCUACGCGGCCACCGGCCCGGCUCGUACAAAGGCACUUGAGAGGCACAUGCGCCAGAUCCAGCAGGGCGCGCCGGCGGCAUGCAUCAAUCGAGCGCAGUGUGCGCUGGUCGCCCUUCGCCUGCAACACAUCUUUCACACCCUGUCGCGCCUUGCCGACGCGUCGCCGUCGCUGCAGCUGCUAACAGUCUUUGCCGCGGCCGACCUGCUGGUGCGGCGGAUGUGGACUGAGGGGUGGAAGACGCUACUGCUGAGCCACUUUACCUGCGUCGCCGUCUUCACCGGGCUCUUUGAGCGCAUCAAGAGGGUCUGGCGGCUGCACUCCACGGCCUCGUGGACGGCGGAGCACAAGGCCGCCAUCGGCGAGGAUGAGGUGGAAAACGCCGCCAUCUACGUGGGGCUCGUGCAGGGCGGCGCGUGCCUCCCGACGCCCUGCGUCACGAACGCUCGUGAAGGGUCCUCGCUGCAGGCGUCUGGGCUGACGGUGGAGCAGGUGAUUCACGUCUUCCGUCGGCACCAGUUGGGUGGCUGGAAAGUGCCAUUCGAGGAGCUCACGCCGCCCAACGGUGCCACAUGCAGGGAGGCGGCACCGUCGAGGAAUGCGCAUCUGGUGUUUGAUGUGCACAGCGGGUACCGCUACAGGGGCAAGGCGGUGGUGCUGCAUGAACUUGAGGAGGUGGGUGGGCAGCGCAUCUCCCCCGAAAACGUCAUGAUCUUUGUGCAGGAUAUGGCUACCCGCGUCACUUGGUCGCACCCAAAUCUCGUUCCCUUUAUUGGAGCCUUCACGGAGAAAAUGUCGCCACACGACGGGGACGUCUCUUCGGCCUCUGCGACACCCACGCCGGCACUCGGAAUCAUCAUGGAGGAUGUCACCGCGCCCACGGCGCAGGCUGCCGUGGACGGCAACCCCCACGGCACGGGUGCGGUGGUCUACCGCUCCCUGCACGAAAUUCUGUUCGUGCAGCGUCGACGCUUUACGAUUCGCGAGGCCGUCGGUGUCACCCUUCAGGUGGCGGACGCGCUGCAUUAUAUUCUGAUGGAUGAGAUGCAGGUGCCGUUUGAGCUGGCCGCGGCCUGGCUUGCGGUGUCGCCGUCGAACACUUUUUUCCGUCCCAUUUCCCGCGCGGGGGAGGCGCGGGAAGUGCAGCUGCCGGACUUCGGGGACUUCGCCGUCAUGUACGCCCCGCCGGUGUACGUUGAGGGCGGCCCGUUCAGCCGCUGGCUGCCGCACCCGCACGCCGCCAGCCCGGUCAGCUACGUCCUCACGCAGCUCUUCCUUGCGCUCGUCCGCAACGAGCCCCCGUACCGCCUCCUGGAGCGGCAGGCGGACCUCGCCGCGUGCGUCUUCAACGCGGCGGAGGACGCCCGCGACAAUACCGCUGCCGCGGCUGACGACGCGGCCGACGGCCUGCCGUUUGUGAAGGUGAGUGUCCCCGUGGGCAGCGUGAUUCCAGCGGGCCUCCCGGCGGAGAUGCGGGGCCUCUGCCAGCGCGGCUUGCUGCUGCGUCACCCGUGCGAGAGUAGCAAGGCUAACGCGCUCUCGCUCGUGGAAUUCCGUAGCAGCAUGUACGCCCUGUACGAGGGCGCACCCGAUACCCCAUGCGAGCUCGCCGCGGCGUUGCCGGAGCAGCAGACUGGCGGGGGCACAGUCCACGAGCCCGCUUCGCCGCAGGGCGCUGAGUCCUGUUGUUCGGUCGAAAUGACGUCCGUAAGGCCGGCGCUAGAUGACUACGGCGAGCUUUGCCCAUGA